AUGUUUCGGUUGAAUCGGGACAUGAUUUAUACGGUUGAGUUUGAGCAAGGUCAAUGUGCAUUCAACAAGGACUAUGCAAUUGCCAACAUUAGCGAGUGGGCGAUCAUGCCCAAGAAUGAAGAUGCCCUUGCGUAUGCCUUGUGGAAGGUGGGCCCCAUUCCGGUCAGUAUAAAUGCAGCUCCAAAAUCGUUCCAGUUGUAUAGCAAUGGCAUUUACGAUGACGAGGCUUCAUGUGACAACUCGAAAGUGAACCACGCUAUGCUCCUCCUCGGCUACACAAAGGAUUACUGGAUACUCAAGAACUGGUGGGGUAGCUGGGGGGAGGACGGUUAUAUGCGACUGGCACGCGGGAAGAAUCUUUGCGGCAUCAGCAACUAUGCCGGUUAUGUCACAGUUUAA